AUGUAUCAUUUUCUUCUUCUGCUGGUGGCUGCAGUGGCAGCCGCUGAUGAUCUUCCGCCGUCCUGCAACAAGGCCAUCUACUGCGACAGCGAACUGCUUCACCAUGUGCAAAUGGCACGGCUCUACCCAGACUCGAAAACCUUCGUCGAUCUUCACAUGCGAGACUCCGAGGAAGUAAUCCUUGCAGAUUUUAGGAAACUGCUCAACGAAACAGAAAAUCCCACCAAAGAACAGCUCCAAGCGUUCGUCGACAAACACUUCGACUCUACCAGCGAACUCGAGGAGUGGACGCCGUCGGACUACACAGAAAAUCCUCAGUUUCUUUUUGGUAUCCACGACGAACAAUUGAGACAAUUCGGUAAAGAUAUUAACGCUAUCUGGCCUGACCUUGGCAGGAAAGUCAAGUCGCAGGUCCUACAAAGUCCUGAUAGGUUUAGCUUUGUCCCUAUCAGUAACGGAUUUAUUAUACCUGGAGGAAGGUUCACUGAAAUAUACUAUUGGGAUACUUACUGGAUUGUUGAAGGUUUGCUCAUUAGCGGAAUGAAAGAAACCGCAAGGGGUAUGAUUGAGAAUUUAAUCCAGUUACUGAAGACUAUUGGUCAUGUCCCUAAUGGCAGCAGAUGGUACUAUCAGAAUAGAAGCCAGCCCCCUCUUCUAUCAGCUAUGAUGUCUCUUUACAUACGAGAAACUAAGGACAUGAAGUUUUUAAAGGACAACAUAAAAGCAUUGGAAGAUGAGCUGCGGUAUUGGUUGGAUACUCAAAUAAUAACUUUUGAUAAGGGCGAGCGAUCCUAUACGCUCCUCAGAUACUUCUCACCCAGUAAAGGUCCUCGACCAGAAUCCUAUUAUGAAGAUUACAAUUCAGCUCAAGUAUUUGCAUCCGAGGAACGCAAGCAAGAGUUCUACACUGAUAUAAAAAGUGCCGCGGAAAGUGGCUGGGACUUCUCAUCUCGUUGGUUCGUCGGCAAUGACGGAGACAACAGUGGCAACCUAACGACAAUUCACACUAGAGAUAUUAUCCCUGUUGAUCUAAAUGCUAUAUUCGCCAAUGCUUUACAGAACAUGGCAUAUUUCCAAGCAUUGGUUUUGAACCCGUUCAGAGCCGCCCACUGGGCUUUCCUAGCAAAACAAUGGAGGGACAACAUCGAAGCGGUGCUCUGGGAUGACACAGACGGUGUAUGGUAUGAUUACGAUUUGCCUUACAAAAAUCACCGCAAAUACUUCUAUCCGAGCAAUGUUGCUCCUUUAUGGAUGGGUGUUGUGUCGAAAUCAUUGAUUAGAAGGCGUUCGGCUCGCGUGCUCAACUAUUUGAAGAAGUCCCACGGUCUUGAUUAUGAGGGUGGAGUGCCUUCAUCUUUGAUUAGAAGCGGAGAGCAGUGGGACUUUCCUAAUGCUUGGCCACCUCUAGUUAGUAUUAUGGUGAAUGCUCUAGAGGCGCUUGGCACAGAUGAAGGGAACAAAUUAGCUUUUCAAGUGGCACAAACUUGGGUGCGCGCCUGUCAGAAAGGUUUUACGGCUAACAAACAAAUGUUUGAGAAAUAUGACGCGGAAGUUCCUGGUCUAUACGGCGGUGGUGGCGAGUAUAGGGUGCAGAGUGGAUUUGGCUGGUCCAAUGGCGUGGUUUUAGAGUUCCUCGCUAAAUAUGGUAGAAAGAUGACUGCUCACGAUUAA